AUGGUUAUUAAAUUCACUUCAAAUGUUGUGAAUCCGCCGGCCAUGCUUUAUAUGGGAGUAGAUAAAGUGGAAAACGAGGAGCUAAUUCGGUAUGGAUGGCCUGAAGAUGUGUGGUUCCACGUCGACAAACUUUCAUCUGCUCACGUCUAUCUUCGACUUCCCCCUGGAAUGACAAUCGACUCAAUUCCACAAGCUCUACUCGAUGAUUGUUGCCAAUUAGUCAAAGCGAAUUCCAUUGAAGGUUGCAAGCAGAAUAAUGUUGGAAUCGUUUAUACAAUGUGGUCAAAUCUCAAGAAAACUGGCGAUAUGGCUGUCGGACAAGUCGGCUUUCACAAUCAAAAAGGCGUUCGAUACGCCAAAGUUGCCACCAAAAUCAACGAAAUUGUGAAUCGAUUGGAAAAAACGAAAUGGAAAGGAGAUAUUGAUUACAAGGGUGAACGUGAUGCUCGUGAUGCGGAAGAGCGACGAAAGCAACGAAAGCUUGAUCAAGAACGAAAAGAGCGAGAAAAGAAAGAAAUGGCCGAAAAGGAGGCUCAGAAGAAGAUUCAAAGUUACGGCGACGUCGAUUGGGAUGCAGACGCGAUUCGAAACGACGAGGACCGUGGAAAUCUCUCUGACGAUUUUAUGUGA